UUUCUAGGUAAAGGGAUGGCUAGAAUCCAGGUGAACCCUAGGAGGUCUCCGUGCCCCCUCCUCCCCCACCUGAUCUGUUCCCUGAUGUAAAUGCCUCGGGGACAGCGCUCUUUGGGGAGCAUUUACUGGUGCCUUGGGGUCUGACCAAGGCUUCCCCGACCCCCUAGGACUGGCUCCUCUGGUGACUUUGGAGUGGCUUCAAGUACAGGCAGGCCCCUGCCGGGGGGCGUUCUUCCGCGGAAUCCCACGGGCGCGCGGGGUGCCACCACAACCGGGCAUCGAACGGGGCCGCGCACCCGGUUCCAAACGUCUGUCGUCCGUGAGCCGGCGCCAGCGCGGGGCAGUCCAAGGCUUGGGAUCCGACGGCGGCGGUCUGACCCCAACGGGGAGGCGGGCUCUGUUUCCCGGGAGCGAAGAGUGGGGAGCCCGGCGGCCUCUCACGUCUGUCGUCCGUGAGCCGGCGCCAGCGCGGGGCUGUCCAAGGCUUGGGAUCCGACGGCGGCGGCCUGACCCCAACGGGGAGGCGGGCUCUGUUUCCCGGGAGCGAAGAGUGGGGAGCCCGGCGGCCUUUCCCUCCGUCCUCGGGGCGGGCUUCAGACCCAGGGGCACGGGCGCCCCGGGGCCUCGCAGGGGCCCGGAAAGGCCCCAGAGACGCGGUGAGCGGCGCAGGAUCGCCAGAGAAGGCGCACGAUGCCGCCCGAGACGCUGGCCCCCUCGGUCUCCCUCCGGGAGCUGGCCGACCUCGCCAUCGGCACCCCGGAGGUGGGCGCCGUCAACUUCACGGCCCUGCACACGCUCAUCGUGGCCAUGCUCAAGAACCUCAACCUGCAGGAGGCGCGGAUCAACUACCAGUCCCAGCUGCCCGAGCAAAGUCGCUCCUUCGAGACCCCGCGGGCCUCGAGCAGCACCCCGCAGUUGCCCGUGUCCAAAGAGAGGCGGAGGAGCAGCGUGAGCGGAGCGCCGCCGCAGGCGCUGGAGAGCAAGGUCAAGGACCUGAGCGGGCAGGUGCAGGACCUCAGCAGGCAGCUUAAGACCGUGGAGAGCCAGGUGCAGGCCAUCGUGGCGCACGUGCAGCACGUCACCGUCCAGACCAGCGGGCUGCAAGCCCGGGAGUGGCUGGAGGCCAAGGAGAUGGACCUGCUGGCGCAGGAGAAGGCGCUGAGAGAGUCGAUGAGAGUUUGGAAGGACCGCGAGCCGGCCCCGGAAGUGGGCGCGGUCCGCCAGGUGGGCGCGAGGGGGGCUGCCGGGCUGGAGGCUCCCAGCCAAGCCGCUCUCCGGCGCCCCCUGGAGCCGAGCCCCGAAAAAGCACGGCGGGAAAGCGGCCGGAGCUGGGAGGUGCCGGAUGGCAUCCAGGCCUUACAGAUCCUGGAGCUGCUCCAGGAGGUCAUGGAGGAAGUGAAAAUCCUGAAGGAUGCCCAGCCAAAGGGAAAGGAGCUCCCUGAGUUGCACCCCGAGAAACUCCUCCAACGGAUCGACGAACUGGAGAGGCUAACUAGAGAGCGGGACAAAUUCCUGGAACUGGUGAGCCGGAAGCUGAGUAUGAUGCCUUCGAUGGAAGAAGCCACUAUGGUCACCUGGGAGGAGCUGGAGCAAGCGAUUACCGAUGGCUGGAGGGCCUCACAAACGGUCUCGGAGUCAUCAACGGGCCUUCCUAAGCGCAGAGGGCAGUCUUCCGUGACGUCAAACGAUAUAAUUAUUCCAAGCGGAGCCUCCACCAAGCAUCCGAGUCUUGACCAGGCGAUGGAGUCUGCCACUGGUUUGAUCACAGAUAAGACCUUUCUGGGGACCAGUGGCAUAGGAUACCCCUCUGAAGGGGUUACUGGCAGGGACCGAGGCAGAGGUACCCCCGCUCCUGGGUUUCCUGGCAGAGAACAGCACUCCAGGGCCCAGGAUGAAGCCGGCCCAGCCAAACCCUAUCACCCCACAGUGUCCCAAUUCAGAAUAGAGUCAGAUCGUCACAGAUCAUCUAGAGAGCAGCACGGCUUAGCACAUCUACGCAGAGAGGAGCAAGAUGCACACCUCGGCCCCGUUUAUCAGGGUUUAUCCCCAGCCACCUUGGCCAGAGACUGGCAUAGGGGAGCAUACAUUAGCCAGGGUCCAAUUUUUGCAAGGCCAGAUCAAUAUGGACUCGGAUUACUAGCCACAGAUCAGCUUGCUUCGCUCACUCCUAGCACUUAUGCACAAGGCGUGGUACCCCUCUAUGUGGGUCAGCUUGGAGCGGUACCCCCUGGAAUGGAUGAGCAGGAAUUGGUUCAGAGGGAUGUGGUGCCACCCUUGGCACCCAGCAGAGAUGAGCAAGGAUUGGAACGACCUCGUUCAGAUCAGCCUGGUGUGGUUCCACUUCGCACACCUCAGCACGGUGUGAUAAUUCCUGGUACAGACCAACGUGGUAUAAGACAGCCUGGCGUGGACGAGAGUGGUAUUGGACCACCUGGCAGGGAUGAGCGUGGAUCAGUACCUCUUGGCAUAGACGAGCAUGGAUUUGCAGUGUUUCCCAUGGAGCAGCCUGGCUUGGUCCAGCCUGGUGCAUCUCAGCCUGGCCUGGUGCAGCCUGGCGUAGGUUAUCCUGACUUGGUGCAGCCUGGUGCAGCUCAGCCUGAAUUGGUCCAGCCUAGUGCAACUCAGCCCGAUUUGGUGCAGCCUGGUGUAGGUCAGCGAGGCUUGGUCCAGCCUGGUGCAGCUCAGCCUGGCUUGGUCCAGCCUGGUGUGGCUCAGCCUGAAUUGGUCCAGCCUAGUGCAACUCAGCCCGAUUUGGUGCAGCCUGGUGUAGGUCAGCAAGGCUUGGUCCAGCCUGGUGCAGCUCAGCUUGGCCUGGUGCAGCCUGGUGCACCUCAGCCUGGCUUGGUCCAGCCUGGUGCGGCUCAGCCUGGCUUGGUCCAGCCUGGUGAAGCUCAGCCUGGCCUGGUGCAGCCUGGCGUAGGUCAUCCUGACUUGGUGCAGCCUGGUGCAGCUCAGCCUGGCUUGGUCCAGCCUGGUGCGGCUCAGCCUGGCUUGGUCCAGCCUGGUGCAGCUCAGCCUGGCCUGGUGCAGCCUGGCGUAGGUCAUCCUGACUUGGUGCAGCCUGGUGCAGUUCAGCCGGGCUUGGUGCAGCCUGGUACAGCUCAGCCUGGCUUGGUCCAGCCUGGUGCAGCUCAGCCGGGCUUGGUCCAGCCUGGUGCAGCUCAGCCGGGCUUGGUCCAGCCUGGUGCAGGUCAGCCUGGCUUGGUCCAGCCUGGUGCAGCUCAGCCGGGCUUAGUGCAGCCUGGUGCAGCUCAGCCUGGCUUGGUGCAGCCUGGUGCAGGUCAUCCUGGCUUGGUGCAGCCUGGUGCAGCUCAGCCUGGCUUGGUCCAGCCUGGCGUAGCUCAGCCUGGCCUGGCGCAGCCUGGUGCAGCUCAGCCUGACUUGGUGCAGCCUGGUGCAGGUCAGCCUGGCUUGGUGCAGCCUGGUGCAGCUCAGCCUGGCUUGGUGCAGCCUGGUGCAGGUCAGCCUGGCUUGGUCCAGCCUGGAAUAUAUCAGCCUGGCUUGGUGCAGCCUGGUGCAGCUCAGCCUGGCUUGGUGCAGCCUGGUGUAGGUCAGCCUGGCUUGGUCCAGCCUGGAAUAUAUCAGCCUGGCUUGGUCCAGCCUGGUGCAGCUCAGCCUGGCAUGGCGCAGCCCGGUGCAGCUCAGCCUGGCUUGGUACAGCCUGGAAUAUAUCAUCUGGGCUCAGUGCAGCCUGGUACAGCUCAGCCCGGCGUGGUGCAGCCUAGUGCAACUCAGCCUGGCGUCGUGCAGCCUGGUGCAGCUCAGCAAGGCUUGGUGCAGCCUGGUGCAGCUCAGCCUGGCUUGGUACAGCCUGGAAUAUAUCAUCUGGGCUCAGUGCAGCCUGGUACAGCUCAGCCCGGCGUGGUGCAGCCUAGUGCAACUCAGCCUGGCUUGAUACCACCGGGCACAGAGCUUCAUGGCUUUCCAACAAUCCAUGCAGAUCCUCGAAGUUUCCUAUCACCGAGCCCAUACCAGCACGGCGUGGUAUAUCCUGGCAGAGAUCAGUAUGGCUGGGGGUCACCCUUCCUAGCCAGUCAAGGUUUGGCAUUGAGAGGUACAGACCAGGAGGGUUUGGAACCACGAGAGACCUAUCAACAAGGGUUGAUGCCUCCUGGCGGAGCCCAGCAUGGCCCAACACCGUUGCGCACCCGCGCGGGUUCUGCAAGCCAGGAUCCACAGCCUCUGGAAACACCCGAACCGGAUGAGCGUGGUGACGUGGCCCCAGGUGCAGAGCCGCCCGACCGGGCACGGUCUAGCCCAGGUUCCCAGGGCCUCGUGCAUCCCAGCCCUCGUGGCCCAGGGUACCCGGGUGUAGACCUGUUCGUCCAGGUGGGUUUGGAUCCACAUGAAACGUAUGAUGCAAGCCACCCUCGAGUGUCUAUUCAGACCACCCCAAGCCACGAGGCCGCCUUUCUCGGGGACACACCCCCGCCUGACAGUUUCCACCGCGCCUCGUCCGACAGGAGCAAUAUCCAGACGGAGCGGCACGACUCCCUGGAUAAACUGGCUCCCAGCUUCCCCAUGGCAGUGGAAACGUUUCGUCUGAUGGGAGAGCUUGUCGGCCUCUACGUGGAGCUUAAGGAAAACAUGAAGGAGCUGGAUGAGGAACAGGCCGGCCAAACGGACUUGGAGAAGCUCCAGUUCCUGCUGGCGCUGAUGGUCAGGAAGUCCAUCCCCGCCGACCUGCAGGAGCAGCUGAAGACCUUGAAGGCCUUGACCAAAGAAGUUUGUCAAGAAAAAGCCAAACUGGACAGGGUGAACAAGAUCCUGGAGGGCGAGCAGGAGCAAGAAACGGGAAAGGACGUGAAAGCUGGCCCGCUGAGCCUGCAGCUGGGCAUCCUCAGAGUCACCGUGGCCGACAUCGAGAAGGAGCUGACGGAGCUCAGGGAGAGCCAAGAGCGGGGCAAGAUCAGCCUGGAACACUCGGUCUCCGGAGCCUCCCUUUACCUCCAGGGUCAGUUGGACAAGCUCAGGACCAUCAUCGAGAACAUGCUGGCCUCGUCCUCCAAGCUGCUGUCCAUGAGCAUGAGCGUGGCCCCCCAGAAGACCCUGACAGCCCUGACGCCCGGGGAGCUGGACCCUGAGGCCACCUGCCCGGCCUGCAGCCUGGACCUGAGCCAUCAGGUCAGCAUGCUGGUGCAGCGCUACGAGCAGCUCCAGGACAUGGUCAGCAACCUGGCCGCUUCCCGGCCCUCCAAGAAGGCCAAGCUGCAGAGCCAGGACGAAGAGCUGCUGGGCCACAUCCAGGGCGCUAUCCUGCAGGUGCAGGGCGACUGCGAGAAGCUCAACGUCACCACCAGCAGCCUCAUCGAGGACCAUCGGCAGAAGCAGAAGGACAUUGAUCUGUUGUACCAGGGACUGGAGAAGCUGGAGAAGGAAAAGGCCAACCGGGAACACCUGGAGAUGGAGAUUGACGUGAAAGCCGACAAGAGCGCCCUGGCGGGCAAAGUGAGCCGAGUCCAGUUUGACGCCACCACGGAGCAGCUGAACCACAUGAUGCAGGAGCUGGUGGCUAAGAUGAGCGGGCAGGAGCAGGACUGGCAGAAGAUGCUGGACAAGCUCCUGGUACAGAUGGACAACAAGCUGGACCGCCUGGAGCUGGACCCCGUGAGGCAGUCCCUGGAGGAUCGGUGGAAAUCCUUGCGACAGCAGCUCAAAGAGCGCUCCCCCCUCUACCAGGCCGACGAGGCCGCCGCCAUGCGGAGGCAGCUCUUGGCUCAUUUCCACUGCCUCUCAUGUGACCGCCCCCUGGAGACUCCUGUGACUGGACAAGUCAUCCCUGUGACUCCUGUGAGCCCAGGCCUGCCUGGGCACCGGUCCAUCCGCCCCUACAUGGUUUUCGAACUGGAGCAGGUCCGGCAGCAGAGCCGCAGCCUGAAGCUGGGCAGCGCCGCCUUCCCCCGGGGCGACCUGGCGAAGACGGAGCGGAGCGUGGGGCGCCUGCGCAGCAUGCACUCCAAGAUGCUGGUGGACAUCGAGAAGGUGCAGAUCCACUUCGGGGGUUCGGUCAAGGCCAGCAGCCAAAUGAUCCGCGAGCUGCUGCAGGCCCAGUGCCCGAGCUCCCCCUGCUAUAAACGGGUGCCGGAGACGGCCGACUACACCUACUCGACGGUGCCCCGGCGCUGCGGGGGCAGCCACACCCUCACCUACCCCUACCGCCGCAGCCGCCUGCAGCACCUGUCGCAGGGCCUGUGCCCCACCGAGGAGAUCCAGAUCGCCAUGAAGCACAACGAGGUGGAUAUCCUGGGCCUGGACGGACAUAUUUACAAGGGACGCAUGGAUACGAGGCUGCCGGGCAUCCUGAGCAGAGACAACUUGGGGAUUUUAAAGCCCAAGCCCAAGCAGUCUCGGCCCCACGCACACCAGCCGCCGUCCCUCAGCGACAGUGGCCAGCGGCUCUCCCGGCCCCAGAGCGCGCGGAUGCUGGCGGGCCACAACUCAGCUCCUUCCCGUCAGCAGCAAGCAAGACCGGUCUCCUCAGGGGGGAACCUCUCCCAGCCCAGCGCGGGCCACCUGCCCAGCCCCAGCGACAUGGCAAACCUGCCGGCAGCACUGGAGAUGCAGAUGGACGUGCCUCCUGGGGAGGGGAUGGAGGAGCCCGCCCGGGGGCCGAGGUCCACCGCUGCUCCCUGAGCAGAGCUACAAAUAAACGUUUAGGGGCUGUGAGUCUUCUCCAGCGCUGGUGAGAGGGAGGGGCCGCGGCAGGUGGGUGGCAGACCCUGGUAGCCUGGGAAUCAGGCCACAGGCCGAGCUGUUCAGCGAGGGCGCUGCAGAGGGCUGCAUGUUGCACCAGAGCGAGGAGGCCGCAGUGCAGCCCAGACCCCAGGCCCCCGGGGCUGGUGGGCCUGCAAGGGGUCUGCCUGCUCCCGACUUCCAGUUCCUGGGUCGGAUCCGCACUGCAUCCCGUGCUGAGGCUUCUCUGGCACCGGCCCCGCCUUCCAUGGGGGAGGCAGGCCUGGAGGCUGGCCCCACUGCCUGGCGUCUGUGCUCCUGCUUGGGCUGAACUUUGGAACCAAGGUAAGGAUGGCAGGUCUGUUGCUGGCUCAGGGCAACGCCCGGGUCCUGGCACAUCCAAGGGUGGGGGAGCAGUGCCACCAGUACCAGUUAGUUCCCAGUGGCUGUCCUCGGUGGCUCAGCCUUGAGCGGCUGCUGCAGACGCACACAGGAGGGGCUCAGACCACGGGCUGCCCCCCAGCCCAGGAAGAGAGAGCAGAGGUGUGUCUGGUAUUUGCCCAGCGGCCUGGAGGCCUGGCCCUUGUCCUGCUCCAGCCCAUUUCCCUCCAUGUACUUACCUCCAGGGGCCCCAAAGGGGCACGAGGGCUCCUCACUAUGUCCCAAGUCAACUGUAAGGUACAAGCCCCUGUCCCCCAUCAAAGCCCUGGGGUCAAGGGAGAGCUGCCCCCCCCCCACCCCACCCCACCCGGAGGCCUCUAAGGUCCCUGAAGCAGUUUUCUGCCUGCAGAUUUGUUCUCGUGGGCUCCCUCCUCUAAGGUGGGGUUCCCGCCCCCCACCUUAUGCAGGGAAGGGAAUGCCUGGGGCAAGAGGCCUGCUUUAGGGUGUGAGGGAGGGUGACAGUCACACAGGAAAGUGUGGCAGGAAGUAGCCCAGAAUAGGGUUUCUCCCCAUCCCUGUGUGGGCAGAGGUGGGCAGGUGCUCCCUGCGGGAAGGGGCACCCCCACCCCCCAGUCUUGCAGAGGCCCAUUCAUCAUGAUGUGGGACAAAAUGCUUGGGCUGGGCAGGAGGGGGCAGCUGGCGGGCCAGGGCCCCAGUGGGCACCCUCCCCCGACACGCACCCUUUUCUCUGCAGCUGGGAGGCAAAACCAGGGCCCGCCCCUCCUCUGGCCCCUGGCUGAGAAAUGUCGGAAGGUGGGGCUGGUCUCCGGCCCAGGAUCCACACUCAGCAGCUUGGCCCAGAGGAGCCGCAGCCAGGCCCCCCACUGCCGCCGCAGAAGGGCAAGGACGUCCCCCAAGCAGCCGGGCCACCUCUGCACCCCUGCACCUGGGCCCGGCCGCCCAGCACCCAGCGCCCACGCGCCCCCAAGGGGCUUCCCCUCCAGCCUGGGAAAGCACAGGUGGGCAGGGUGAGGGGCCUGGGAGGGAGGAGUCUCACGCGUUUCCAACCAGGAAACAAAACUGAAAGGACAAACCCAGCCUCAGAGUGUACAGGGACGGUCACACGCGGAGGGACCAAGUUGUGCCAGCCGGCCCCACGCCACUCCCGCAGGGGCUGCCCCCAGGCCACCUUGGGAAGAUGUGAGCAGGCAGGGGGGCGGGGGGGCCUCUGGCCUGCCUGGUGGGGCCCUUCCCAAGUGUCACAGCACCUGCGGCCUGAACCUCCGGACCCCGCAGCCCUGACGGCCAGCAGCGCCCCACUGCAGCGCUGGGGCUGCCAAGACACCGGGAACAGACCACAGUGUGGACGGGGUGGGGCUGGGGCCAAGGGGCUGCAGCACGAGGCCCGACCCUGGGGUGGGCUCCUCACCCACCUGUUCCAGAGCCUGAGAAAGGGCCCCACGGGGCCAAGAAUUGCCACCACUGCCUGGCCCGCCGUCCUGAUGCCUGGAGGCUGAGCAGGGAAAGGAAACCAGCCCCCUGGGGGGCCCACCCCGUCUCUGUGGCUCCAACAGCCCCGGUGGACCUUUGGAACAGGCCACCCCAACGGAGGCCGAGGGCAGGAAGACUGGAAAUGGGCUCCGCGGGAAGGUGCCUGGGGGGCCAGCAGAAGCCUGGAGCCACCAUCGGGCCCCCAGGUGGGGAGGCAGCCCCCCGCCCACCGCAGACAGGCCCCCCUGCGUGCUGAGGCCUGGCCUGUGGGGAGUUGUGCGGUGACGGCCGAGGAGGGGGUCGCCGGCAGCAAGCCAGGACCAGCCCUUCCUCUCCUCCCCCCCAUCCAACCGGAUCCAGCCUGUCCCAUCAGCCGCCUGGUCUGGAUGCCCCGGUCCGAACAUCCAGACCAGCCGCGUGACAACGGUGGCCCCAAGACUGCAGCACGGCGAGCCCCCCACCCGCUCCCCAACCCACCGAGGAGGGCCUGCCCCGCACCAAGGUAAAUAAAGCACCGCAAACCAGG